UUUCGUUCUCUGUCUUACUCUUCACAUUUCCCGAACCACUUCUGUAAACUCUUACUAAAUGUACUAAUUAAUUGCUUUUUAAAAACUGACCCUGAAAACCAUCCAAAUAUAAUUUUAAGUUCAAUUUGUUUUAUCGUUUGUUCUGGACUGUCAGUGCUUCUUGUUCAGUGGUUAUCGGCCGACUCGUCUCACGUGUUUAUCAACAAUUUGGGGUACCGACUGAGUUGUUAUGAAAUCGAGCAAGCAAAAUACAUACAUCGCAGCAGCGCAGGUGACUCCCACGUUUUAGAGAAUUUUGUAGGUAAACAGUGCGGUAGUGUCGGUGCGUGAUUCGCGAAAUUUGCGUGUGGUGGCAAUUGAAGCGCAAUGUCGGUGCAAUCGGCAAGGACUUCCGAAAGCGAUGCAUGGGCCCUUUUAGCUCUUAAAUCGGCUCCUACGAGUCCAUCUAAAGUACAGUGGAGCCCUGAUGAAAAGGGCGAUGUCAUUGCGCGUAUUGAAGGUAGAGAUUUCGAAUAUUUAGUUCGACAAAACCGCAUAGUUAUCGGCAGAAACAGUUCACGUGGUGAUGUUGAUGUAAAUAUGGGACAUUCGAGUUUUAUUUCUCGUAGACAUUUAGAGGUUUUUUACGAUUAUCCAUAUUUUUAUAUGACUUGUAACGGAAAGAAUGGAGUUUUUGUGGACGGUGUAUUUCAGCGCAAAGGAGCUCCGCCAAUUAGGUUACCCAAAGAAUGCACUUUCCGAUUCCCUAGCACCAAUAUUCGAUUGUCGUUUCAAUCCUUGGUCGAUGACGGAGGAGAUGUAGCUCCUACAGUACGCGAGGUGUCGCCUGUACGCAUGCGCGAUAGAAGCGGGGGAGGAAACAGUUCAGCACUCCACCCUUUGCGCAUUAAUAUUCCGGAAGGCGAAUUUGGGAGCCCCUUUCCAUCUCCUACGGGGACAAUCAGUGCGGCUAAUAGCUGUCCCGCUAGUCCUAGAGCUGGUCAACAUGGCAUAAGCCAUGGUAAGCGGAAUGUUCAGGCUGAUCUGCAAAUGGUCGCGGCAUAUGCGGCGGCGCAGGUUUCCCACAGGGAUGAAGGCCAGCACAUUCAACCGAGUCAUAGCCCUGAAUAUAGACAUUCUACUUCCAAUGGAGGUUCAGCACCAUCAGUGUUAAUAAAUGAUGGCGGCUACGUCACAAGCAAUGCUAACAAGGACGAUUCAAAACCGCCAUUUUCCUACGCCCAGUUAAUAGUACAAGCAAUAGCGAGCGCUCCCGACAAGCAACUGACGCUCUCGGGAAUCUAUAGUUACAUUACUAAAAAUUACCCUUAUUAUCGUACAGCCGACAAGGGUUGGCAGAACUCAAUCAGGCACAACCUAAGUCUCAACAGGUACUUUAUCAAGGUUCCUAGAAGCCAAGAGGAACCCGGGAAGGGCUCUUUUUGGAGAAUCGAUCCCCAAUCUGAAACGAAACUGAUUGAACAAGCAUUUAGGCGCAGGCGGCAGAGAGGGGUGUCAUGUUUCAGAGCACCCUUUGGUUUAAGUUCUAGGAGUGCGCCCGCCUCUCCCUCGCAUAUUAGCAUGUCAGACAUGAUGACGCCCGAAUCGUUGUCGAGGGAGGGUUCGCCGACCAUGGAACACGUGGUCGAUGUCAGCCAAUCGGCUCCAGGCAGUCCGGGUAACCCGACAUCGACUGUUUUUGCCGGUUCUGGUAGCAUGAUCGGUCAUCAGCAGAUGUCCGCGCUAGUAGGGGCCACCAAAGCCCGUCUCUUGCUGCCACAGCAUCAUACCGUAGAGCAAGGGAUAGUUGAACAAAUUGAGAGACCUUCCUCCAACGGGCAACACGAAUUUAAAGAAGAAAAAUUUCAUGUCGGGUCGAUUGAAGAGCGCUCUAUGUCGCCGGCAGCAUUCUCACCGCAGCCAGUUAUUGUGCAAACGGCAAAUUAUUCUCCAUAUGGAGGUAAUGCUUAUUGUAAUCCAACCAUAGAACUAAAAAGGCAGAUGGAGGAUCACAGCAUAGAAAGUCCUUCGAGCGCCGGCGAAGUGGAUGAUCCGGAUAUUAAACGUCGCCGUAUUGAACAGCUGAAAUAUGAAACCGAAUAGAAUAUCGUAAGUUCGUGGUACUUUUUCUCUCAGCGGAGCCACCGUUGUUGAAUGGACAAUUAAGUUUUGGCUGAGUUUGUGGCCGGUGUGUGAAAUCGUAGUGUUAGGAUAACCCGUUUUAGAAUUAAGGUGCUGUCAAGCCUCGGUAAUAGUUUCUACCCGUUUUCAGAAUUCAAAUUCCAAAUGCUAAACAAUAAUUUAGUCCCGGAAAUGCUCAAGUCAGAUCUCUAUCCCCACAAUUUUAGCAUUCGCUUGUUGUUACUAUGGCAUUAGAUAAUAAGCGCACUUGCCGUAUUCAGACUUCUUCCUUGCUCAAUGAUUAUUACCAUUUUAUUGGAAAAAAAAUCAUUAAAUUAAGACCGGAUUCUGAGUUAUUGUUGUGGCAAAAUGUAAUAAAUAUUUCUGUUUGUUCACUAUUUUUCUUUGAAAUUUGGGUUUUGAUCGACUCCACAGUGGUCCAAUUAUAAACUGAGUGGCAGGUAAUAUUGAACUUCAAUUCAUUGAAGUUUUCAUUAUUAUGGGCGGCUCAAAUUCCAGGUCGCAUCAUUUUAAUACCAAAAACCACAAACGAUCUGAAAGUCUGAGAGAGAAGUUAAUAAAAUUUUGUUUAUUUCUUUUUAAUUUUGCAUUUUUUGAAAAAGAAUAAAAAAUUUAUAGAAAUGCGUCAUCAACCAACAGAAACAUUUUUUUUUCAUUUUAAUAAAUAGCAAUAGAACAGUUAUAAAUGAAUCGACUGAGUGAUCCAAAAUGAUCCAAAUUAAAAUACAAAUUUACGAAAAAACAAGCUGAAACGUUAGUUAAAGACAAUAUGCGCAGGGUUUUCUGCAAUACUAUUUUUUCACGCUAUUUGCAAGGUGAGAACAACAAGCGGUAGAAGUGGAUCAUGGAUCUUGGCCAAAAUUUUCAUAAAUUUUUAACAAAUAUCAAAUUUUGACAGUGAUUCGUUGUUUAUAUAUUUAUAGAUGCAUUUUUUGUCAUCCAUUAGAUUUAGAAAAAUACGAGCCUAAAAUUGAGAGAUAGUAAAUUCUUUUUAUAUGUAAUAUGUUACAUGCAAAAAAUUACCUAGCGCGGGGUAAAAAAAUGCAGCUGAGAUUUUUUAAAAAAUUUAAGGUACAGGACUUGAAAUUUUCACAUUUUUACUUUUUUUCUGUCAGGGAGAAUCAAAAAUUGGAAGUUGAGUAAUUAUGGCCUUAUUUUUACUCACUGUAUCUAACUAGGAAUUAUGUUUGCCUCUUUGUCUACCUAACCGUUUGACAUUUUCAUAUCUUCUUACCUAACCUCGCCAACUGAACUUCCUUGAAACAUGCCUCAAUACAGAUGUUUAGUCUCUUUUUGUCCUUCGUAUAAUUUUUUUCGGUGUUAGAGAUUACGCGACUUUUGCGAACAUUUUUUGAAUUGUUUUAUUGUUGGUGUAUGACGAUGCAUGUGUAAGAUUAUAGUAUAUAUAUUUGACACCUCUGUGGAGAGAAAUUUUAUUGAGUCUAAGUCUAGAUAACCGCUUUCGUUACUCUUAUGGCU